CGGUCAUUGCGACUUGGGCUGGGGAGUUAGGCAAGCCCACUUCAUUUUAUCAGGUCCAAAAUAAUGGAAAACGGAAGUCAAGCGCGUGGAGGUGUUUUACACGCGCUAGGAUGAAUAAGCGUGCCAAAAGUUACCCUCUCUCUGUUCAAAUUUCCUCUGUUCUUCUCUCUCUCUCUCUCUCUCUCCCCCCAAAUUCCUUCCGAUUCAUUUUAAAUUUCUGUAAGUAGACUUAUUUUGCAGAUUACCAAUUGUACAAAAAUCCAUCAAAAUUAGCAGGCUGUUUGUGCGUACGACGGAGAUUAAGAGGUAGAGAGAGAAAAGUCGGUUGUGUUUUGUGUGGGUGGAGAAGAAGAAGAAGAAGAAUGGAGCGGAACCAAGCGGUGGACGGACUUCAGAGCCUGUUCUUAAAAGCCAAUCGAGAUCUCUCAGAAGUACACAGCAAGCUCCACAAGGAAUUCCAGCAAAUCUACCCCGACCAUGCAAAUCCAAUGAAGCUGGUGGCGAGGUUGAAGAAGAUAGAAGAAGAAAUGUCGUCCUUGAAGGAUCAGUGUACCGAGCUUCUUACUGCAAAACAGGAUCUAAUUGAUAAAGCUAGAACGCUCUUAGUCGGAAACAGGACAAUGCUGCAGAGGUUGCAAGCAUCCACCGGUGGUCCCACAACAAGUGAUGAAGAUGAUUCUGCUUAUCUAAGCUUCAAUCAGAUUAUUGAUGAGUGGGCGAUGCAAGUAAAAUCCAGUAAAGAGGAUGAGGAGGAGCCAGGCUCUAACGAUAUCAACCAGCUGUUGUUUUCUGCAAUUGUCCAAAGCAACUGACGAGUGACGACUGAAGAUAGAUGUUUUACCAUGUGGCAGCAUACAGCAAAUAGUUUCUCUUCUGCAGAUUCAUGCUGCGAAAACCCGUGAGAAUUCUUAAACAUUUAUUUAGUAUGGUAAAAGAGUGUUAUUUUAAUAUAAAGAGAUGGAAACAGAUUCCUUAUUUCCCAUAGGUGAUGACAUCUCACAGCUUCUUAAUCAAAA